AUGUACAACAGCAACAACAACAACAAUAACCCCAACAACACUAACCACCACAACCAAGCGAAUGGCAUCGGCAGUGGCGCCGGCAACAACCAUUCGAAGGGUCGGUCGAAAGCUUCGUCGCAUACGAAGCGCAACGACUACGAACGACCCGGUGGCCCGUCCGCGAACGGUGCUGCCGCUAGUUCGGCCACACCCAGCGCCACCACCACCGCACCGGGGCACCACGGUGCCGGAAGUCCGCCCGGUACCGUGGAUCACGGCGUCAAGUCGGCCAAGUCCGGUCGCAAGCUGAGCUGCGAGCUGUUCGAAUCUCCCAACUACGGCGACCCGAAACCAGCCACCAAGCACACGAAAAGCAAAUCACAAUCACAAAUGUUGCUUCUGCCCACACCCACCAACACCAACACCGCCACACUGCCCGCACACAUGCUGUCCACCGCACCGGCCCAUCCUUCCUUUCAUCGCUCCGCCACCGGCUCGACCGUGUCCGAUUCGCGCGAAAGUUCUCCCACCUCUCCGUCGCCGCCUCCCCUUCCCCCUCUGCCCCUCGGCGGACAUCUGCCGAUCGGGGCAUCAAAUGGUAGUGGUGGUGGUGGUGGUGGUAAUGUUGCCAAACAACAGCAAAGUGUGCAAAAUGGCAAACAAACAUCGCCGGCACCAUCGCCCACGAUCGCCAGACGCUAUCAGGCGAAUAAUAAUGCAAAUAAAUCACACUACCACCAGCACCACCAUCCACCCCAGACGCCACUGACCACACCACCGGCAACACAGCAGCAACCACACUACACUAAAAAACACACUCAGAAACAUCAGCAACAGUCGCCGGUAAAUAAUAGUGGCAAUGGGCACGGUAGCAGCAGGGCCAGUUAG